AUGGCUGCUGUCCAGCAGUUGCUGGCAAGCCCAUCGCCCGCGCCAGCGCCAGUAUCGUCACAGCGCAUCAACGACACCUCAGCCUCUGCCGACAUGGAGAUUGACAGCACCAGCAAUGACCCGGUUAUGAUUGAUAGCGGGCUGAUGAAGGGUGCGCCACAAACGGGGGAUUCUCGAAUAGCUGUUAUUGUGUAUGGACAGGGACAAGAAAAUGUUGUGUCCGUAUUCGCCGAGGUACUGGGCAAACCGGUUAAAUUGAAGCGAUCGUUCAAAGACGUCGACCACGAGGAUGAAGGUUUCGUGAUUGGCCUUGCUCUGCAGGAGGCCAAGCAGGAUGUGGAGGAUCGGGACCAGCAACUGCUCGUAGCCAUCAAUGCUCACUGCGUCAACCUAGGAAUGCCUCCGGACCUGCAUCUGUCGAUCCAUUGCGACUAUGAGUUUCUCUACACCGAAACCCCCUUUUGCAGACGCGAUCUCGCUCGAUUCAUCUCAUUCACACUCGGCCAGACCAGCCCGCACAGCCAAUUGAUGGCCAAGCCGAGGACGUUUUUCAUUUCCACCACGUUUCCCGAUGUCCAGGCGGCUCUUCCCAACUUGGACAUUCUCACAGUAGGAGCUGAUGCGGUUGAGAUUCGCGUGGACCUUUUGCGCGAACCCCGGGGCGACGGGACCUUUUCUGAUAUCCCAAGCCUGAGUUAUGUCGGACAGCAGGUCAUGCUACUGCGGCAGAGAACCGAGCUUCCCAUCAUUUUCACCACUAGAUGCACCAAAGAGAAUGGAAAAUUUCCCAUGGACAAUCCCGAUCUAUACUAUGAAUAUCUAUACCGAGCGGUCCAGUGGGGUGUAGAGUACAUCGAUGUCGAGCUGUGGCUACCGGAGCACAUUCGAAAGAAGCUGUACGAAAAGAGAGGCAACUCUCGCAUCAUGUCUGCCUUCCACGACUUCUCGGGCACCUUCAAAUGGCCGUCCCAAUACGCACAGGAUGUUUUUGUAAAGUCCAGGCAGUACGCCGACAUUGUCAAGAUGAUUGCAAUCAUCAACGAUCACAACGAAAACUUUGAGCUCGAGUACUUUCGCUCCAAGAUACGGGCACAGUAUCCAGAUGCACCACCGCUGUCGGCUGUCAACAUGGGCGAGAUUGGUCAGUUUUCGCGAACGCUCAACACGGUCUUCUCGCCCAUCACUCACCCUCUUUUGCCCAUCAUCGCCGCCCCUGGCCAGAUGAGCACUGCCGAAAUCAACGGCGCCCUGGCAUUGUUGGGCCAGCUCCCAAAGAAGUACUUUUACGGCAUCAGCAGUGCUGCUGCUCGAAGCAUUGCGCCGCGGGCACCCUUUUACGAAAAGUGCUUCAACGAGUUAGGAUUGCCGCAUCAAUUCGCCGUGGUGGAGCGCCAGCACAACAAUCCGGCGGGCAUUCAAUCGUGGUGCAACCAGAGGGACUUUGGAGGAGCCUAUCUCGACCCGGGGCUGUCAUACCAGACCAUUAUGAAGCACAACCCGUGGUUUUCGACCCUGAACAACGGCCAGGGCCCAACGCUGUCCGAGGCGGCUCAGGGGAUCGGUAUCAUCGACACAAUCGUUCCUGGCCUCGCCCCCAACACGUCAUUGAUCUUCGACAAUGCCAGCUGGAGGGGCAUCCUGUCCACGCUGACUCGCGAUCUAGCCCCCUCUGCUUAUUUCGGCCGAACCGCGGUGGUGCUGGCUUUGACGGCCGACGACGCUGCGCCUGUCUUCUUCGCAUUAAAGGCGCUCAAAAUGUCAAAGAUAUACACAGUCGGCUUCAGGACACCAUCCGGGCUGGCCCGCAAUGCCCCUCCGAUCGAACAGUUUAUCAGCAUGGAGAGCCUUCAACGAGCCCGAUCCGUGGCGGACAACCGAGCGCCAUUUGUCAUUAUCUCAGCAUUGGGCCGAGGCAAGAGCAACAUUGUCGGCAUGAUGCUGCGAGUCUUUGGAGAAGCCGGUCCCCCCGGGUCGUCGAACACGAAGAAGGUCUUUUUGAACCUUGCCGAGGCGGCGUCACAGCAGAAGAACGACCCUAUAGUAGUCGCGGAACAAAGCGGAUUCACCGCAUAUGAUGCUGCAGACGUUGCGGCCUUUACAACGGUCGAGAGCCUACGGCUGCUGGUCGGACAAAACGUACCAUACAGCUUCGUCCGGCUGGCAAGCGGACGAAAUUUAUUCUGA